AUGUUUGUGUGGCGGGCUAUAGAAGAGAAAGUGCCAACGGAAGCGGCAUUAAGAGAUAGAGGCAUGAACCUUCCUGAUGUAAUCUGUAAAACUUGUGGUGCAGCCGAAGAAACUGCUGGCUCAUGUUUUACUACAAUCAAAAUACCGAUGGUUAACACAGCCGGGAAUCUAAAAGAAUUAUUGAAGGAGCUAAACAAAGUACAGAGGAACUGGAAAAUAAGAAAAGCAAUACAUGCAAUCGCAGUCCAAACGAUGUGGACUUUAUGGAGAGUUAGGAACGAUAAUGUGUUCAAAGGAAAGCAAGCCGCGAUACAAAUAACUGUGGAAGAUAUAAAGGAAAACUCUUAUCAAGGGGUGAAGAUGAAAUCAAAGUUUAAUAGGAUAACACAACAGGAAUGGUGGGAUUUCAAUGUAGUAUUGUAA